AUGGAACUCAGAAAUGAAACAGAUGUUUCAGAAUGCCUUCUCCUGGGAUUGACAGAUGAUCUAGAACUGCAGUCCUUCUUAUUCUGCCUGUUCCUAGUAAUGUACCUGAUCACUGUCCUAGGAAACCUGCUCAUCAUCCUGGCUGUUAGCUGUGACUCCCACCUCCAUACCCCAAUGUAUCUCUUCCUCUCAAACCUUUCCUUUACUGACAUCUGUAUAAGCACAACUGCGAUUCCAAAGAUGCUGGUAAACAUCCAGGCAGAGAUACAGCACAUCACUUACAUAGGCUGCCUGACCCAGCUUGGCUUUGUCCUGGUUUUUGUUGGUUUAGAAAAUUUUCUCCUUGCAGCAAUGGCCUAUGAUCGCUAUGUGGCCAUUUGUCACCCCCUGAGGUACACGGUUAUCAUCAUCCCCCGAUUCUGUGUUCUGCUGAUUCUACUCUCACUUUUCAUCAGCACAGUGCUUGGCCUGCUCCUCAGUCUGAUGGUAUUGCAGCUGUCCUUCUGCAAGGACCUGGAAAUCCCUCACUUCUUCUGUGAACUUACUCAAGUCAUCAAGCUGGCCUGUUCUGAUACCCUCAUGAAUAACAUCUUGAUAUAUUCUGUGGCUAGCCUGUUUUGUGGCAUUCCCCUCUCUGGGAUCAUUUUCUCUUAUACUCAAAUUGUCCCCUUUGUUUUGAGAAUGCCAUCAGCAGGGACAAAGCUUAAAGCUUUUUCCACCUGUGGGUCUCACCUUACAGUUGUGUCCUUAUUCUAUGGGACACUUUUUGGAGUUUACAUUAGUUCUGUGGUUACUGACUCAUCCAGGAAGACUGCAGUGGCUUCAGUUAUGUACAUUGUACUUCCUCAAAUGAUGAACCCUUUUAUCUACAGCCUGAGAAACAAGGACAUGAAGAGAGCCUUGAGGAAACUUAUUAGUAGGAUACCUUCUUUCCUGUGA